AACCCCUUCUGAACGAAAGGGGAUAACGCGUAAAACGCGUGGCCUCGUGAGAACGUCGUUACUGAGAGGAGCCAGCCCUUUGGGAUACCAAAACAACCGUUUACGGGAAAGUUGUGCCGAGCUUUUGUAACUGCCUCUGCUUGCUUUCUGCAGGCUGACACACAAGGGGAGUGUCGCUCGUGUGGGAAACUAUUUUGAUCGUGGGGGUUGUGCAGGUGUUUUAAUGUUCUUGCUGUUUUGUAGGUUGUUAAUAAGUCUCGGUUUCAUUUUGUGGAAACUGCAAGGUAAUGUGUUACCUUAGUUUCUGAGCAUGAGUUAUAACUAGGCAGAUCAUGGCAUCUGCAGCUUGGUAUGUUUUUGGAGUUUUAUUAUGAUGUAUGUGAGACUUAUGAAACUGAAUUGUCAAGUUGCAUGUUUGGUUGUAAGGAUAAUGAUCAAGUUGUAUAUGAAAGAGAGUUACUCUCAGGUUCUGUAUUAUGGUGUAUUCUUCUCUAGGUUUGGAGCCCCCCGUUUUGGAGGAAGUAGAGGUGGACCUCUCUCUGGAAAGAAAUUUGGAAACCCUGGGGAGAAGCUUACAAAAAAGAAAUGGAAUUUAGAUGAGCUGCCCAAAUUUGAAAAGAACUUCUAUCAAGAACAUCCUGAUGUAGUUAGACGUACUGUGCAAGAGGUUGAACAGUACAGAUCAAGCAAAGAAGUCACAGUUAGGGGCCAUAACUGUCCAAAACCAAUUAUAAACUUCUAUGAAGCUAACUUUCCUGCAAAUGUUAUGGAAGUGAUUCAGAGGCAGAACUUCACUGAACCAACUGCUAUUCAAGCACAAGGAUGGCCCGUUGCCUUGAGUGGACUGGAUAUGGUUGGAGUAGCGCAGACUGGAUCAGGGAAAACACUGUCUUACUUGUUGCCUGCCAUUGUGCAUAUAAAUCAUCAACCAUUCCUAGAGCGAGGAGAUGGACCUAUAUGUCUUGUGCUGGCACCAACUCGUGAACUGGCUCAACAAGUGCAGCAGGUAGCUGCUGAAUAUAGUAGAGCGUGCCGUUUGAAGUCUACGUGUAUUUAUGGAGGUGCUCCAAAGGGACCACAAAUUCGUGAUUUAGAAAGAGGUGUGGAAAUCUGCAUUGCAACACCUGGGAGACUUAUAGACUUCUUAGAAGCUGGAAAGACCAAUCUCAGGAGGUGUACUUACCUUGUACUUGAUGAAGCUGACCGAAUGCUUGACAUGGGAUUUGAACCACAGAUCAGAAAAAUUGUAGAUCAGAUCAGACCUGACAGGCAGACUCUGAUGUGGAGUGCAACAUGGCCAAAGGAAGUGAGACAGCUGGCUGAAGACUUCUUGAAAGAAUAUGUACACAUCAACAUUGGAGCAUUAGAAUUGAGUGCGAACCACAACAUUCUUCAGAUUGUGGAUGUGUGUCAUGAUGUAGAGAAAGAUGACAAGCUUAUCCGCUUGAUGGAAGAAAUAAUGAGUGAGAAGGAAAAUAAAACAAUUGUUUUUGUGGAAACCAAAAGACGAUGCGAUGAUCUUACCAGGAAAAUGAGGAGAGAUGGGUGGCCAGCAAUGGGUAUCCAUGGUGAUAAAAGUCAGCAGGAGCGGGACUGGGUUCUAAAUGAAUUCAAACAUGGAAAAGCACCAAUCCUGAUUGCUACAGAUGUUGCAUCCAGAGGUCUAGAUGUGGAAGAUGUGAAAUUUGUCAUCAAUUAUGACUACCCUAACUCCUCAGAGGACUAUAUCCACCGAAUUGGACGAACUGCCCGCAGUACCAAAACAGGCACAGCAUACACAUUCUUUACUCCUAACAAUAUUAAGCAAGUAAACGACCUCAUCUCUGUGCUUCGGGAGGCUAAUCAAGCCAUCAACCCCAAAUUGCUUCAGUUGAUUGAAGACAGAGGUUCAGGUCGUUCCCGAGGUGAUCGACGUGACAGAUAUUCUGCGGGCAAAAGGGGUGGAUUUAGUAGUUUUAGAGAGAGGGAGAACUUUGAGAGAAAUUAUGGUGCACUAGGAAAGAGAGACUUCGGAGCAAAAGCUCAAAAUGGGGCCUUCAGUGCCCAAAGCUACAGUAACGGAACUCCUUUUGGAAAUGGUUUUGCAGCUGCAGGCAUGCAAGCUGGCUUCAGGGCUGGUAACCCUGCAGGAGCUUACCAGAAUGGUUAUGAUCAGCAGUAUGGAAGUAACAUUGCAAAUAUGCACAAUGGCAUGAACCAACAGCAGUAUGCAUAUCCUGCCACUGGUGCUGCUCCUAUGAUAGGUUACCCAAUGCCAGCAAGUUAUUCUCAAUAACUUAGUGUAUUUAAGUGUCUCAGUUUUUCAUAAUUGCUCUUUAUAUUGUGUGUUAUCAAGACAGGAUAGUUAUUUAAGAAAUGGGAAAUGCAGAAAUGACUGCAGUGCAGCAGUAAUUAUGGUGCACUUUUUUCGCUAUUUAAGUUGAAUAUUUCUCUACAUUCCUGAAACAAUUUUUAGUUUUUUGUACUAGAAAAUGCAGACAGUGUUUUCAAAGUAAAUGUACAGUGAUUUGAAAUACAGUAAUGAAGGCAGUGCAUGGCCUUCCAAUAAAGAUAUUUCAAGACCGAAUUUUCUUUCAAAUUGCAAUUUUCUCCACAUGUGCACAACUUUACAUUAAUGGAAUGUCAAAUGCUUUUUAUAUUAAAUUCUAGAAAGGUUUCUCA